ACCAGCCAAGAAGAAAAGGCCUGCACAUUUCGUCCCAACUAAACGUCAUCGCUAGUUGAUCCACGGAGCGUCACCGCUUGGGGGCAACGGUGGUAAGAGUUUCACGAACGAUGACGUCAUGCCAAGGCCUUUAAAUGACAUAGUGAGAAACGAAACCAACAAAAACAGAAAACCAGAUUAACAUCCUUGCUCGCCGUGCUUACACGCCUCCUUUCCCUCGUAUGUUCUCGCUGGCUGGCCAUCCACGUUCCCGAGGCCACUUUGCCGAGUUUUCUUUUUGCGUGCUGUUCCGCCUCGUCUCUAGCCCACAUUGAACAAAAACGGCGAAGCGGGUGCUUCGACAACCACCGCAACCAUGAUCUUCAGCCUACUCAAGUGUGUGUUUAGGUUCGCCCUGUAUUUCCUGUUGGUUUUCCUGGUUCUGCCCUUCAUACCACUGUCCCUGGACUUUGAGCCCGUCGCUUACAAGGUCGAUCUUCCCGAGUUUAAGGGCCCCCUGGCAGUCAACAAAGCGCUCGAUAAGGUCGAGUAUCUCCUGCAGAAUCAGAUCGUGGGUCCGGAGUCCUUCGAAGUACGAGAAGGUAGCAUCUACACCGGCAUCAUCGGUGGCCAGCUCAUCAAGAUCACCGGGAAAAAGAUCACCCCCGUAGCCAAGUUUGGAAAGAAAUGCGAGGGCCAGUGGGAGGAGAGCAUCUGCGGACGACCUCUUGGGAUGCGCUUCGACAAGGCGGGAAAGCUGUACGUCCUCGAUGCUUACUACGGCCUGCACGUGGUGGACGUCAAGACAGGCUCUGUCGUUCCGCUGGUCCCCAACGGCGUGGACCUGGACGGCCGUCCGCUGCUCUUCCCCAACGAUCUGGUGUUGGACAACGACGGCGCCGUCUAUUUCACCGAGACGAGCACCAAAUGGCCCCUCAACAAGAUCAUCUACACCAUCAUGGAGCACGAAAACUCUGGAAGACUGCUCAAGUACGACCCCAAGACAAGGCAGACGUACGUGGUGCUUGAGGAUCUCCACUGCCCCAACGGAAUUGAGCUGAGUCACGACGGCGAGAGCGUGCUCUUCUCCGAAACCACCCAGAGGAGGGUGCUCAGGUACUACGUAAAGGGUGCCCACAAGGGGGACCUGGAGGUGUUUGUGGACAACCUGCCCGGGGAAGUGGACAACGUGCGGCGCAGCAAGAGCGGCGGCUACUGGCUGGCCUUCGCCUCGGGCCGCUCCCGGGGCAACCUGACGGUGGGCGACCACCUGGGGCCCUACCCGCUGGUGCGCAAGGCCACCGUGCGGCUGCUGCACCUGCUCGGGUCCCUGCUCAAGUACACCGCCACCUACUUCAACUGGGUGCCCCUCAAGGACGUUGCCGCCAGGAUCGACAACGGCUGGAUCCUGUACGAGACUCUGCCAAAGUACGGUCUCAUCGUGGAGGUGGACGCCAGGGGCAACGUCGUGCGGAGUCUACACUCGCCGGGCAAGAAGAUCGGUUUCAUAUCGGAGGUCCUGGAACACGACGGGUACCUCUACCUCGGAUCGUUCCGGAAUCCCUUCAUCGGGAGGGUCAAGGCCUGAUCGGCGGGUCACGCUCAUCUCAACAAGUUACACCCACUGGUCGUCAUCCUCGAGCCCUUGCCACAUUCGAGCUGCUUUCCAAGACAGCGGCGCUUCUGCGUCUGUUUCGUCAUCACGUAUCUCAGUUCCUCCGAAGGGACCUAGCAGCAAAUUUAAAUCUUGUCCCGUCUGCAGUGUUUGGGGGAACAUGGAGGUAGGAAGCGUCUGGAAGCGACAUGAUGCUACCAGAGGCGAAGACAGAAGUGUGGAGGGGGGCCCCAAGGGUGACCAAAACAGCUGUUGAGUCGGCUUUCCUUUUCGUCAAAUAGCGUCUCUUGGCGUGUCCCUCCCCACUUCCGGCUCCACCUCUGGGGGCGUCGCGUCGCCCCCAGAAGUUUCCUACCUCCAUGGGGGGGAAGAUGAUCUUAGUCUUUUAGUACCUCCGGAGAAAGCCUGCCACGAAUUUCAACCUUCGGUAUGUCAUGGCGAUUUAGCGUCGGCGAAGACGGCAUGCACCGCCUAACAAGUUCAGAGUCUACUGUAGUCUCAUAGAUCUUUCUUACUACUAGAGAACGGCAAGGAGGGGCUUUGGUUGUCCCGUCUCCAGCGCGAGCGUCCUGCCUUCGACAGCGCUUCAACGUCUCGCACACCUCGAGCGCAUAUGCAGCCAAUAUAGAGCCAAUCCCAAUCUGCAGCCAAUCCCCGCCAUUCUCAUUCUGCCAGUGUCGGCGGCGACGUUUGUCUUUGUGCGCAAAAACAUACGACGAGAAUGGAAAGCUACACCGCGACGAAAAUCUGACUUUCACCGACCGCUCGGCCAUACGCUGGCGCUCCCCUCGCUCAAUUUACCUUUGUCCUUUUCCUUUCUAAGUUCUCCCUAACAUGCUCAGCAUGCCUGCCACACACUCAUACCAUUGGCUAUUGCCCAUUGCCACUGUCUCCUCGUCGACUGCUCACUUGGAAAGGCCGGAUUCGUCGCACGAGGAAAUAUUCAUUUGCUCACAGCCUCCCAAAUGUAAAGCUGAUCUAGCAGCUGCAUGUUGCUUGUGUGCUGGAGUGCUCUAUGAACAUUUGAGAACCUACUAGAGGGUGCUGCACGCUCUAUUAAAUUGGGCAGCUUUUUAUGUCGACGAAACAUGCUGGUACUUGCAAAGUGCCAAGUCACCUUUGUAGGAAGGGACGGAAGCCUUGGCCAACUGCUGCGCCCUUACCCCAUUCCCGCAUGAAAGUGAACUGUAAAAUUUGCAUAUCACUCGGAGGUGUGGCUGUACAUGCUUAGCGUUGACCAAACUCGCUCCAAAGAGAUUAUUUGGGUAGUGCGUAGUAUAACAACAUUUUAAUACCACGAAACCUCGUCAACCACUACAACGACACCUGUCACCGACGUAGCUAGUGUCCCACGGUGAAUGCCUCUCUGAGUUGCAACAGUCCACAUUCACAAGUGUAAAAGGUGAAGAGGUUUCAGCGUAUCUAUAUUUGUUUGUUUUCUGUUCAUUUUUUUUUUAAAGUUUUUGUGGCAUUCCAUUACCUUAGCUGUUGAUGUACAGUUUGUGGAUGUUAUUGGAGUUUUUGCAUAGACAUAUAUAUAUAUGGGAAAUUAUUUCUCGUUAGGUGCAGUUGCCAAGCGAACUAAUUGCCAAGUGUGUUUCUGAAUAGAUUUUCUCGACCUGUUUGUAGCGCUUUAAAGUUGUGUGGAGCAUUCCAGAAGAAAUGACGAAGGGGCACAGUUCUGACAUUAGGGUAGUUUGAUUCACUUGUACCUCCUGCACCAGUGCAGAAAAGUGUGGGGCAGUGUACUUCCGAUGUGUGCAUUAAAAUACGACCGAAGUAAACCGCCCUAAACUUUUCUCUAGUGAUGCAGGAGGUGCAAGUAGAUCAAACGAGCCUAUUGUAUACAAGUUUCUCUGAGAUUCUUGUGCACCCUUGAAUUUUUUGCCUAUUUUUUUAAAGGGUUUUAAAAUUGUGUGGAGCAUUCCAGAAGAUAUGACUAGGGGGCAGAGUUCUGACACCGUGCGCUUCUCUUUAUGAUUUUUGUGCGCCCAUGAAGAUUUUUUAAACCUAUUUUUUAGGGUUUUAGAAUUGUGUGGAGCAUUCCAGAAGAUAUGACUAUGAGGAACACAGUCCUCACUUUACGUAAGAGUUGCAUCUGUGAAGGUUCUAGAAAACUUUUUAUCUCUCAGUGUGCUGGUGAUGUGAAAGACUGUACGGGUUAACUGAACUGUGCGCAUACUAAUUGAGGAAAUGUGUUGAUGCUGCAUGUACCUCAGUCUCUUUUUUUGUCUACUUUUUUUUUUUAAUUGAAUUUUAACUAUUCACUUUGUUCCUGUCUAGACUCGCGUUUUGAAACAUUUUUGACGACAAAUCUUUCUUCUUUUUUGUAUGGUGGACAAAAAACUGAUGAACACUUUAGUCAAAUACACAAUCAUCGAACUGGA